UUGGAACAACCCCAGUUCCACAAUAGACGCGGCGCCGAGAGGACGUGCCGUCAGUUGGGGACCGUUCCGAAAUUCGCGAGUUCGUUAUUAUUUCGGUUUUGAUGAAAUGUUUUUGUGUGUGAGUGCCGAAUUGCUGAUGGAUGGUAUGGAUGAAGUUUUCUAAGGUACCGACUGCCUCGUUGGAGUGGUUGGUCCUGAGUGUGACUGCUUACGAGAGGGAAGCGUGAUUCUCGAAUCAGAUUGUCUGCAUCUUCCUAUUGAGCACCAGUUUUCACCAGUCCAACAGCUGUUCCAAUUAACAGUUUAACCUUCAACAGCGCUGUGAAUAUAGAUCACAAUGGGGAGACGAAUCGCCGGUAUAAUCUACAUAUUGAUCACUUUCGCUCUUGUUAAUGAAAUGUCAAUAAACGUAUACGCCAGGGAUAACAACAACAAGAGGCGAACCAAAGAGAAGAGCGGAGGCUUCCAAAAGAAUAUUUGCGAUAUCACAGACCGAGAUUCAAAAGUUCACUGCUACUGCGAAAAUACUAGAGAACCAAGGAAUGCGACCAAAGCGGAAUGUUGGGUGUUCAACGGCGGAAUACCGCGCGACGACCUCAUCUGGCAGAGUUUUGCGUCCCAACCAAUUUUGCAAACUUUGUCUUUUAACGUCCGAGUCGAUGGCGCUCUUGGCUAUAUACCUACAAAGGCACUACUCUAUUUACAACGGCUGAGGUCAAUCAAUAUAAAGUACGGCAACAUCGUCGACGUAACACCUUUCGCAUUCGCCAACUUAACUAAUUUAAAAGAAGCAAGCUUAUCGCAGAAUCAAAUCGAAAAUUUACAACAAUACGCUUUUGCUCACCUACCCAACAUAACAACUCUGAAUUUAGAAGAAAACAUGAUUAUAGAUAUUGAUACUGAGGCGUUCUUUGAUCUGCCCAAGCUGCAAAAAUUGGUGUUUACCAAGAAUAAUAUUACGACAAUCAGAAAUGGUACUUUCCAACACACGUUCAAUUUGCUGGAAUUGGAUUUGAAUAAGAACAACAUUUACCAUUUGAACCGUCGGACAUUCGACGGAUUGGCAAAUCUAAGGAAAUUGGAUCUCAGAAAGAACCGAAUACAAAAUUUGACGGAAUUCACGUUUGCUGAGCUGUGGAAUCUACAAGAAUUACUAUUGGGCAAGAAUGAUUUGCGGUAUAUAUCGGAGCGGGCGUUUGACGGACUGUCUCAACUACGGAAGUUGUCCCUCGAUGACAAUAAACUGGCGUCGCUCCCAUCGGGUCUGUUCGAAGGGGUGAGGGGACUUAGCUCUGUGGACCUGCGCUCCAAUGAACUGCACGCGUUAACUUUUGACAAUAUCAAGCCUAUAUUGGACAACUUGAAACCACAGAACAGCAAUCUACUACUCGAAGAAAACAACUUCGUAUGCGACUGCAGAUUAAAAUGGAUGCAUUCUCUGCGAAACGAAACAAAAAGUCAAAACACAAAAGAGUCCCUAGACAGCGUAACGUGCAAAAUGGAUCCACCUAUCGUGAGCUCCGCUUACAACAAAAUGCCUGACGCUAUGGACGACAAACUGGAUUACAAUCAAGACAUACUCCACGCCGGCUUGACCAUCGAAACACUGAACGACAAAAUGAACGUAACGGAAAAGAAGACAUUACCCGGCGACCUAUCUAAAGACGACGCUAAUGAAAUAUCUAAAAAGGGUGUUAAAAGGACUGUUUUGAAAAUCCCAGCUGAAACCCUUCCGUGCCCAAGGGAAGCUAUAAAAACGACAGAGAUACCACCUUAUAUUGUAGAUCCUGUUAUACCAAUACAGAAUGAAAUGAAAACUUUUAGAUUUCACGACACUAACUCUGCUUAUGUGAAGUUGAGGCCUAGUUUUGGCUUUGUAGUUUUAUGGAGUAUUUCUUUUAGAUUUUUCUUUACUUAAAUAAGUAACGUAUCUAGUCGUUAAAGUAAGUGAGAUACAGACUAUUAAGCCGGCGAUUGAUGGCUGCGCACGGGUAUAAUGACUAACACUUUGCUAAGUCCUGUAUGAGAUAAACAACGAGAUUUAUGAGUAUGGAAAGAAACGUAAUGUAUUAAGAUGUUUAAGAACGGGAAAACAAAGGUGACGCAAGAUGUAAGUGAGUGAUGUUUGAAAAACAGGGUCAAUUUCUUUGGGAUAUGUAUGGAAUUAUAAAUUCGUAGUGGAAUUAAAAAAUGGGAUGUAAAUAUUUGUAAUCUCAAAAUUGAAAUUGAAUGGAUUUUUAAUCUAUUUAGGAAUAAUUUGCACCUUUGAAAUAAAUUGUUAUUGUCACUCACAAUUAAUUAAACUGAUACUGAUGUUGAGAAUGUUGAUUAAAAAUUAAGGAUUCGAUAGUGAUUGCGCUCCUUAGGAGACUCCUAUCGGUUGGCAGAAUAAGAAAAUGUGUUGUAUGAUACUAUAAUUGUUCUAGAACUUGAAAUGAAACAAAAAAAAAAAAAACACUUAAAUUACAAAUUGUUCUGAUAAUACAAUUGUAAUUUUUAAGGCAUCGGUUAAAUCUUUAUAACCACAUGCCAAUCUGUCCCUUAACUUGAUCGAAAUAAAGUAGAAAUUGCAAAUGAAAGUAGUCUAUCCGUACGCAGCUAUCAAAACUAUAUCACGUCACGUUUUAACAUAGGCCAACUUUUAUUACAGGCAUUUAAGUUCUAUGAGCACACAGUAUUUAACGCAAACAAUAAGGUGUUUAUUCACGGUAUGAAUGUUGUAAUAUAACGAUAAUGUUAAGUAGAUCUAAUGUAUAAAGCUCUGUUUUAACGCACUCGAAUUUUCAAUCAUUGAAACAUUAUUUUAUGGGAAGGGAUGUGAGCAUGAAUAGUAGUUUUUAUUUCUAGAAAAAUCCAUCUUAAGUGUCGUCAGAUUAAUAGUAGAAAUAGGUAAAUGUGUUUGUCAAUGUAAUGGCCAGC